AUGCCUGCUACUGUAGAUGUUCAGAUCAACCUCGCUUCACAAGAGGAUCUAGAUGGCGGGUCAAACCAAGCCAGUCUAACCGAGCAACUCACUGAGCAGGCAAGUGCUGCAAAACGGAAGAAAUUUCGGAAGAAGCAGUUGAUUUUUGCGAAGUCGCCGAUCCACCACUGGGGCCUCAUUGCCCUCGAGCCUAUUGCUGCAGAAGAAAUGGUUAUUGAGUACGUGGGUCAUGUCGUUCGCAAGGGCGUCGCUGAACUUCGGGAAAAGCGUUACGAAGAAAAGGGCAUCGGAAGUUCUUACCUCUUCCGCAUCGACGAUGAAUACGUGAUUGACGCCACAAUGUUUGGAAAUAAUGCACGCUUUAUAAACCACAGCUGUCAACCAAAUUGUUAUGCAAAAAUCAUCACCGUCGAGGGCAAGAAGAAGAUUGUGAUUUACUCCAAACGUGACAUUCAGGUGAUGGAGGAGAUCACCUACGACUACAAAUUUCCCUAUGAAGAGGAGAAAAUACCCUGUCUGUGUGGUGCGCCGUCUUGUCGGGGAACGCUAAACUAA